UCGACCCUCGCCGCGUUCCGUUCGUGCGUGGAGCAGUCGGGACUGGAGGCUAGGCCGCCGGGCGGGCAGGGGCUGUGGCGCGGCAAACGGCGGGCCAGCGACGGCGCGAAUGGCGGACUCACAGCUGUUCUGCGUGGCGGAGGAACGCAGCGGCCACUGCGCCGUGGUGGACGGAAACUUCCUCUACGUGUGGGGGGGCUACGUGUCUAUUGAAGACAAUGAAGUAUAUUUGCCUAAUGAUGAAAUUUGGACCUAUGAUAUUGAUAGUGGGUUGUGGAGAAUGCACCUCAUGGAAGGAGAACUCCCAGCCUCCAUGUCAGGAAGCUGUGGUGCUUGCAUUAAUGGAAAGCUGUACAUUUUUGGAGGAUAUGAUGACAAAGGAUACAGCAAUCGACUUUAUUUUGUUAAUUUACGAACAAGAGAUGGAACCUACAUUUGGGAAAAAAUUACCAACUUUGAAGGACAACCACCCACACCACGUGAUAAACUUUCCUGCUGGGUAUAUAAAGACAGACUAAUAUAUUUUGGUGGUUAUGGGUGUAGGAGACACAGUGAACUCCAAGACUGUUUUGAUGUUCAUGAUGCAUCUUGGGAAGAGCAGAUAUUCUGGGGAUGGCAUAAUGAUGUCCAUAUAUUUGACACAAAGACACAGACUUGGUUUCAACCAGAAAUUAAAGGUGGAGUUCCACCACAGCCACGAGCCGCGCAUACGUGUGCAGUUCUUGGAAAUAAGGGUUAUAUCUUUGGCGGACGUGUUUUGCAAACUAGGAUGAAUGAUUUGCACUAUCUAAACCUAGACAACUGGACUUGGUCUGGAAGGAUUACUAUUAAUGGAGAAAGCCCAAAACAUCGGUCAUGGCAUACUUUAACACCUAUAGCUGAUGAUAAACUUUUCCUAUGUGGUGGACUAAGUGCAGAUAAUAUCCCAUUAAGUGAUGGUUGGAUUCAUAAUGUCACAACAAAUUGUUGGAAACAACUUACUCAUUUACCUAAAACAAGACCUAGGUUAUGGCACACAGCCUGUUUGGGAAAAGAAAAUGAAAUAAUGGUAUUUGGUGGGAGCAAAGAUGACUUACUUGCCUUGGAUACAGGCCACUGUAAUGAUUUAUUGAUCUUUCAAACACAGCCUUAUUCACUACUCAGGUCAUGCCUUGACUGCAUUGGUAAAAAUUCUAUCAUGUUAGAAAGUCAGAUAUCUUUAUUACCUCCUAAACUUCUGCAACAAGUACUCAAAAAAAUAACAUUUUGGGCUGCAGCUAAUCACCGAGAAGAACAAAGAGUCCAAAAAGAAGAAACAGAAAAUAAGUAUCAGUGGAUCAGUAGCAAUUAAAUUGUUAUAUACUCUACAUAUUUAGUAUGUCUUAACAUUUUAAUCAGACUGUACAUUUACACUCCCAAAUUGCAGGCUCUAUUUAAAGGAUAAAAUUUGGAAUACAAAUACUCUGUUAAGUGACUAUAUGCCAUGGGAUAUAUGGAAAAAAGAUGUUAAUGCAGAUUAAUUUAUAUUUGUAAACAAAUUUCCUUACAAGCUACAGUAAUGAUUCUUUCUGAAAGUAAGUACAGUUAUAACAGAUUUUAACUCAAAUGUGUAUUCUUUACUGGAAAGAUUACAUACAUUUGAGAAUAAGAAAUUACUCUCAAGAACUUCAGAAAUCCCCAACAUAAUUUCAUAAAUAUAUAAAUACAUGUAUGUAUGUGAAAACACUACAUACACACUUUCAGAAAGAAUAAACUUUCUCAAGUCAUUUUAAAGUUACCUAAGGUUCUCCUUGAAUAACUAAUACAGUGGGCCAAAUAUUAUAAAAUAGGCAAACACCAGAAUGGUAUUAAAUAUUGAACUCCUGCCCUUUUCGACACUUACCUAGUAUUCUUAGGCAUCAUCAUCAUAACUUUUCCUCACCUUUAUUCGAAUAGAGGAAUAAAUGUCUUCAAUUUUCUCUCCAUUACCCCUAAGUUAUUAGUUUGUCAGUUUAUAUAUAAAGACCAUGCUUUAAAGUACAUAAAGUGGAGGUUUAUUUAUCAUACAGGCUUUGAAACAUUGAGAAGCAGUAUUUUUAUUAACUUUUUGAGACAUAUUAAAAUACAUUUUGCCUUAGAAGACUGCUUCUAAAGUAAUUUUUGUAAGUAGUGAGAUGGGAUGGUAAUCUAGUAAUUUGACUUUAUAGAAACCCCUCAGUUUGGCCCACACUAUUCCACAGAGUUAUGCUCAAGACGGACACUGAAAAAAUCUCAUACCUUCCGUUUUAUUUUCAGCAUUACCAUCUAUACAGAAAUAGAACACUGUAUCUUUAUAUUCCUAAAAAUGGUAUUUGACAUAAUUAAGAAAUUUUUCUUCAUAUUAUCACAAUCAUGCCCUUCCAUUGAAUUACUAAUUACAAUUAAUUACUAAAAAGCUUGGUAUAUAAAAUUAUUCUCCACAAUAUUACCAUGCAGGUUAUCUCUGAAAUUUAAAAUGUUAAAGAAAAAUAUUUCUAUAUUGAAAUAUAUAUAAUUUAUAAAUGAAAAUUAUAGUAGUUUGUAGUAUUUCAUUGAAUUUUAGAGAGAUAUUUCAUAUAUAUUUACUGUAUUUUAGAUGUGUAAAGCUUCUAUUUAUGUAUUGAAAUAUUUUUUUACAUUUUAUUUAUUGUACAAAGUAUAUAUAAUUACUGUUUUCGUUUUUGUCAGUGUAAAGCAGUCAUUAGAAUUGAUUGUACAAAAAA